AGUCAAACAGCUACAAAAUCUUGUGAGAUUUUCUCAGUUUUCCUUUUGUUCACCUGCCUGCCUGUAAGUCCGGUCAAUCGAAUCAUGCUGACCACUCUGUUUCUCGCCUUCCUGGUGUCUUCUGUCAGUGCCACAGAGAAAGACAGUGCUAUUCCCAGGCUGAAUGAUACCGAAGCUGUUGAGGCCUUCAUCAACUCUGCUGAAGUAGUGGUCAUCGGAUUUCUGGAGGGAGAGGAGCGUCAUGGCUAUAAGGAGCUUGUUGCAGCUGCAAAACGCAUUGACUCAGUCCCUGUAGCCAUUUGCACUGUGAAAGAGGUGUGGGCUGACUACAGCCUCUCCUCAGACACCAUCACCCUCUUCAGAAAGGCAGAUAACCACCAGGAGAAUCUUGUUCUCUCAGAGGCUAAGAAAUUAGACACUGACGGCCUUGUAAACUUCAUCAGCAUCAACGAGGUCCGAUACAUCACAGAAUACAACCAAGUGACAGCAGUGGGCCUGUUCAAUUCAGAGGUGAAGGCACACCUCCUGCUGUUUGCCAACCGGGGAAGUAAAGAAUAUACUGAGCUCAAGGAGCGACUGGGAGCUCUGGCCCCUGAGUUCACAGGCAAGUUCUUGUUCGUGCUGAUUAACGGAGCAGUGAAGUCCAACUCCCGGUCACUCGGCUACUUUGGCAUCAAGUCUCGAGACCUCCCACGAGUUGGCAUCUACGAUGGCGACUCAGACAUGAAGUGGCUCCUUCCUGCAGGAGAGAUUUCUACUGAAAGAGUACGGGAGUUUUGCCAGUCCUUCCUGCGAGGAGAACUGAAGGACGUGAAGCAGGCCGGAGCAGAAGCCAAAACAGAGCUCUAGGACUAACAGAACAAAAGUAAAUGAAUUAUUAUACAUUAAAUAAAU